CUGGCCUCCCCAGCCCUCCUGGCUCUCCCGCGGGCGAAGCGGCACUCGGCACCGCGCGCGCCCUGACCGGCAGCCGCCAGCCGGGACCAUGGGCUGCGACGUCCGCGUGUCAGGGCUGCUCCGCCGCAACCUGCAGCCCACGCUCACCUACUGGAGCGUCUUCUUCAGCUUCGGCCUGUGCAUCGCCUUCCUGGGGCCCACGCUGCUGGACCUGCGCUGCCAGACGCACAGCUCGCUGCCCCAGAUCUCCUGGGUCUUCUUCUCGCAGCAGCUCUGCCUCCUGCUGGGCAGCGCCCUCGGGGGCGUCUUCAAGAGGACCCUGGCCCAGUCGUUAUGGGCCCUCUUCACCUCUUCUCUGGCCAUCUCCCUGGUGUUCGCCGCCAUCCCCUUCUGCCGAGACGUGAAGGUGCUGGCCUCAGUCAUGGCGCUGGCGGGCCUGGCCAUGGGCUGCAUCGACACCGUGGCCAACAUGCAGCUGGUGAGGAUCUACCAGAAGGACUCGGCGGUCUUCCUCCAGGUUCUCCAUUUCUUUGUGGGCUUUGGUGCACUGCUGAGCCCCCUUAUCGCUGACCCCUUUCUGUCUGAGGCCAACUGCUUGCCUACCAAUAGAACAGCCAACGCCACCUCCGGCAGCCACCUGCUCCAUGCCUCCAGGGUCCUGGCCCACCACCAUACUGGGGCCCAGCCUUGGUCCAACCAGACGCUGACCCCACAGGACGGGGCAGGGGCCCGCGUGUCCUACGCCUUCUGGAUCAUGGCCCUGAUCAAUCUCCCGGUGCCCAUGGCUGUGCUGUAUCUGCUGUCCAAAGAGCGGCUGCUGACCUGCUGCCCUCAGAGGAGGCCCCUACUCCUGUCUGCAGAUGAGCUCACCCUGGAGACGCAGCCUCCUGAGAAGGAAGACACUUCCUCGCUGCCCCCUAAGUUUCACCCAGGGCACGAGGACCUGUUCCGCUGCUGCCAGAGGAAGAACUUCAAAGGAGUCCCUUCUUCUUUCUUCGCCAUCCACAUCACAGCCGCCCUGGUCCUGUUCAUGACCGACGGCUUGACGGGGGCAUACUCCGCCUUUGUGUACAGCUAUGCAGUAGAGAAACCGCUGUCUGUGGGACACAAGGUGGCCGGUUACCUCCCCAGCCUCUUCUGGGGCUUCAUCACUCUGGGUCGGCUCAUCUCCAUUCCCAUCUCCUCAAGAGUGAAGCCAGCUACCAUGGUUUUCGUCAAUGUGGUCGGCGUGGUGGUGACGUUCCUGGUGCUUCUUGUUUUCUCCUACAAUGUCGUCUUCCUGUUCGUGGGAACAGCCAGUCUGGGCCUGUUCCUCAGCAGCACCUUUCCCAGCAUGCUGGCCUACACUGAGGACAUCCUGCAGUACAAAGGCUGUGCGACCACAGUGCUGGUAACAGGGGCAGGCGUUGGUGAGAUGGCCCUCCAGAUGCUGGUUGGCUCGGUAUUCCAGGCUCGGGGCAGCUAUAGUUUCCUGGUCUGUGGCGUGAUCUUUGGUGGCUUGGCUUUUACCUUCUAUAUCUUGCUCCUGUUUUUCCACAGGAUGCACCCUGGACUCUCAUCAGUUCCUACCCAGGACAAAGCACUUGGAAUGGAAAGCCUGGAGUGCUACCAGAGGUAAAACUGAGAUGAAGGAGGCUGGCGAAGACUUCCGGCCUCUUGCGCACCAGCUCAGGUCAAAGGGCUGAAGAAAGCUGGGGUGGCAGCGGAGGCAACCUCUCGACGCCUUGGUUCCGAUCUUCUCUAAUACUCGGUUGGGUAGAAGAAAUUAAAUUGAGUUCUGGUACCUGGGUCCUCCCUGGGCAAAUCAUUAGAUGUUUACCUGGCUAUUCAAGUUACUCUCCUCUUCCCUGGCUCAGACUUUUGGUAAGAGCGGGCUAGGAUACCCAGCUGGGAAGGAAGAAGACAGCUAGAUGCUUCACUCCACUGGCCGCCUCCUUCAUGGACCACACCCUGGGUUUGAAGAUGACUCUUGGUUGAAGUUUGAAAAAAUAAGUUGAAAUUAUAAAGAGCGAUGAUCAUUGCUAUAUGUAGAUAGACUUUAAAUUAAUCAAAACAAAUCCCAAGUUAUUCCCUGGCAUGCUCAAAGGAUUUAUGUGCUUUUCCUUAUUAUAGUCCGAAGGCCCUCCAACUCCUGCUGCUGCUGUCAGUAGUUUGUCUGUCAUCUAAAACAUCGAAAGGAAAAGUUGAAUCUUGCUACCUUUGGGGCACUUCAGUGGUAUGCUGGGCUAGCUCAUACCAGCUUAUAAAAGCCAAUUGUUAAGUAUUCAUUUUGAGAGCUGGUUGUUAAACCCAGCCAUUAUUUAAAAUUAAAUUAGAGAAACUUAUUACCUUCGUUUUUAAUGUAAUUUAACUAUACUCAAAACUCAUCACUUCCUAACUUUUUUAUACCUAUGCUCUUGAAGUUAUUUAUUGUGCCUGCAGGGUAGAAAUAUUAUAUAAAGGUAUGCUUCCGUGUAUGUCUUUCCAACUCCACUUUCAGUGAUAAUAUGUUAGCGGCUUGAGAUCAGCCAUGGUGGGAGUAUUUACACCACAGAAAUUGGCAAAAGCUAGAAAUCAUGGCUUUAUUGUCCCCUUGGAGAGCCAUCUGAUAAACAUUUACCAGCAUACCACUGCUAAUCAUCAAUGCUAAUUGGUCCAGAAGUUGUCUGGGAGAAUGGGAUAGAGUUUCUGCUUUUACUGACAUUGAAUGGCUUAUAAAAGGUAUAGAAACAGCAUGAAGAAUUUCUCAAAAAUAGCUAAUUUAAACUUUACGUCUUCUAUAGGGAAAAAAACUCUUUAUAUCACGUCAGAAUUUUCUUUAACAUAAAGCUGGACGACUGACCAAUUCGAGCUGUGCAGUAUACUGAAAGCAGUGUCUGUCAGGGAGUAUCAGCUCCUGUCCAGAUCAAAUCCUGUAGUAAUACAGAGACAGGAUGCAAACUCAGCCAACUUGGAGCAGUUAAGAGUGCUGAGACUUCUGUAAGUAGUGAAAUGGCUGUUACAGUGGCUGUUUGUGUGUUAGUUUACCAGCACUUUCUCUGUGUAAAUACAAAUGUACAUGUAUAAAUAUAAAAUAAGUGGAUCGUGGUUCUCAAUAACCUGUCCAAGUGGAGCAGUUCACAUGCCCCACACCAAAGGCUUAUCCUGGAACCAUCGGCAUUGUCAUGUUAGCCAGCUCCAUCUGCCAUCAACAUGGUGUCACAGUGAGAAUCUGGCUAUAGAGAGAGACCUGGUUCAAGCCCUGGCCUCACCUUGUAGCUAUGUGGCCCUGGGCAGAUCACUGAGACUCUUCCAGCCUUGCUUUUUUUUGUAUCUUUAAAGUGAUAUUUCUAAAAGAACCUUAACCCUACCUCAAAGGAAUUCUGAAAGAAUUAAGUGCAUUUGUGUAAAGCAAUUAUCAUAUGCCUGACAUAGAAAUUUGCUUAAUAACUGUUAGCAAUUUUUAUCUUUAAAACCUCCUCGUUAGCAGCUUAGAAACUGUUCAUAUGUUUGGUACAUAUUUAUUGUAAAUCAAACAGAUCCAAAUUCUUUUGAAAGCUGGUGGUCUAGGGGUAUAGUUUUAACUAUGCCUGUAAAUACUUAAAAGUAUUAGACGGCAGCCAGAGUUACUUGUGCAAUCUAACCAGAGUGAGUGACUGACCCGGGGAAAAAGAAAGCAGCUAUAUUUUUCUUGUGGUUUUUUCAAGAAAACGUCCUUUUUAUACAGAUUUAGAAAGAAGAAUCAAUAGCUGUAUCUAAGGUGAUCAUGAUUAAUCUGUGAAUAUAGAAAACAAGAUUGAAACAAAUCUAAGAGUACCUUUCCUAAAAUAAAAUAUUUUAAAUUUAAUAAGCAUGUUGUCCAUUAUGAAGGACAGUCGAUCCUUUUAUAAAAGCUCAGAAACAAAUGACCAAAUGUUCCCCCAAGACAGGUCUCUCUCAUACUGUAGGUUCCCAUGGCUGAUACUGUAGAAGAAACAAGACUCUGAGGGAGGACUGAGAACCACUGUUCCCUCUUACAUAUGAUCAGAAUAAGGGGAAGCAGGUAGGUUUUAUACCACACUUCAAUAUCAGUUACAGAGAAAGUAGGCUUUUUUCCUGAUCUUCUUUGAAGGGUGUUGACAUCUCAGAGUGCUGUGGAAUCACCCUGUUCCCAGAUUUCCUUCUGCCACUUGGAUGUGGGAAUCUAACCCAUCAGUAUACCAGAAUCUGGAAGUAUACCAGAUUCACAGUGACAUAAAAAGUCUUUUAGAGAAUUCAUGUAUUCAUUUAAAAAAGAUUUAUUGAUCACCUGCUAGGUUUAAAGCACUGAUCCAGGUGCAGAUACAGCAGACAAUGGGACAGAAGUCCCUGCCUCACAAAGACAGUAAACAAGUAACAUGCCACAGGGUGAGUGAUAAUUGAGUGCAUAAAGAAAGAUAAAGCAGGGAAGGUGGAUGGGAAGAGGGAAUGUCAAGAGAUGCUCCGAUGGCCUUUCUAAAGAGGUGUCAUUUAUGCAGAAACCGAAAUGAGAGGCAGGAGCAGCCAUCCAAAGACCUGAGGUAUUUCCUGUCAGGCUGGGGACACAGCAAGUGCAAGGGCCUUAGACGGAAUAUGCUUAUAGUGUCUGAGGAACAGCAAGCAGGCCAGUGUGGCUGAGUGCGGUGAGGAAGCGGGAAGAGUAGCAAAUAAGUUGGGGUGGUAGCUGGGGGCUCCGAUCAUAUAAGCCAUGGUAGGAAUGUAGUUUUUUGUUUUUUUGUUUUUUUUUUUUUAGUUAGGUGAGGUUAUUGGGAGAGUUGUGGGCAGCAAGGGACAUGAUCUGAUUUACAUGUUUACAAGUAAUACUCUGGUUGUCGUGUGAAGAAGAGAGAGGCUGUGGAACAAGGAUGAAACUGGGGACACCAGAAAGGGUAUAAUUGCAGUAAACUAUGUAAGAGAUGGUGGUAGCUUGGACAAUGUUGGUAGCAUCAGUAGUCAGAGUGAUUGGGUUAAAGUAUAUUUUGAAAGUCAAACUGACAAUUUGCUGAUAAAUCAGGUGUGGGGCAUGAGAGAAAGAUGGGAAUCAAGGAUAACCCCAAAGGCGUUUGACUUGUGUUAUGGGCAUGUGAUAAGGCCAUUUAAGGAAGACCUUAAAUGGUCUUCCUUAAGGAAGACAACGGGAGCGCUCAAGAGUUGUUUCAGGACAUGUUCAUUUUAUGAUGCUAUCUUGGAUGUCAAGAAGGCUGAUAGAUAUAAAAUCUAGAGGUUAAAAGAAAAGUCAAGCCUGAAGAUACAAACUUCGUGGUCGCCUACAUAUAAAGAAUGUUUAAAGCCACGGGACUGAAUGAGGUCAUCUAGGGAGUAAAUGUAGAGAGAGAUCGAAGAUUGAGCCUUGGGAUUCUGCAACACCGAGAGGUUUGAAAAAAAGAACAGGAUCCAGCAGAGUAAAUGAGAGAAGCAACCAGAGAAGCAGGAGGAAGUUCAGGAGAGAAUGUGGUUUCCUGGAAGGCAUGCGAAGAAUAUCUUAAGAAGGAGGAAGUAAUCAGUGCUGCUAUAAGGUCCCAUGUGGACUGAACAUCGGCCACUGGAUUUGGCAAUACGGAAGGCGACCUUGACUAGAGAGGGGUUUCUAUCAAAUGAUGUGUAUUCAAAACAUACGAGAAUCAUAAAAUCAACUCUGUUCCAGCAACCUCCUUGCCACCAAUGCUUGCCACCUAACUUGCACAGCUAUUAGAAAUUAUUGUCCCUGUUUCAUUUUUCAUUAUAUAAUGCCCUCUUAUUGGAAAAUUAUUCCAAAUGAAGUCAACUUCAUGGACUCCCUUCAGUUACAGGGUGUAUUCCAGUAAGUGCAGUGCUUUGUAGUGACAAUCAAUGUGAAAUCUUACAACUGUUAAUGAUUAUCUCCUACCUAAUAAUGCCAGUUACCCAAUAUUAGGAUAUUCGUUUUAUCAUUAGAUGCAUCUGUGAAACACAAAGUAUUGAUAAUUGCAAAAUAGACAUUAUGCCUCUCAAAAGAGGACGUGUCACCAGUCAGAAAGGUUAGAAAAUGGUGGAUUAAACAGGUUGGUUUUUCUUUUUUGCGGUACGCGGGCCUCUCACUGUUGUGGCCUCUCCCGUUGCGGAGCACAGGCUCCGGACGCGCAGGCUCAGCGGCCAUGGCUCACGGGCCCAGCCGCUCCGCGGCAUGUGGGAUCUUCCCGGACCGGGGCACAAACCCAUCGACAGGCGGACUCUCAACCACUGCGCCACCAGGGAAGCCCUAAACAGGUUUUUUUUUACUAAAAGAUUUCUUAGAGCUUUUAAUAUUCUGAUACGCACUUCAACUCUCCAAGCGGUGAAGACCCCAUUUCCCAAACUUAUUCGCCCUCGUGGGACUACCGUUCUAGGCAAUGCAUUUUGGGAACAUUGGUUUAGGGGAAUCCAGCAGUCCUCACAAGUGGUUACCACCCACUGUGCUGAGCGAACACUGCCCCAUCAUCUGAAGGGACAUCUCACCAGGGCUAGUGAACUGUCGUCCCCUGCGGAACCGUUUGUUCCUCUUAUUUUCAUCUAGAGAUAUGAAACAGAGCUCUGAUGUGAUUCUGCCACCUAUUAACCCCACUUUCCCCCAUGUAUAUUUUAUCAGACCAGUUCUAAAAAGGCCUAACUUCAUUUGCUGAACAAACUGAAGUCUCUAGUUUCUAAUCUCAAAAACUACGUGAAGAAACAGUGCCUAGAGUGGAAAUAAGCAAGAGCUGCUUCUUACAAAGGACUGAAACAAAAGAACCUGAUUAAAAUUUAAAUACUUUUAAAAAAUGUAAAUAAAUUUUAAAAGUAAAAUAAAAAGAUUUCACAAGGAAAGUAA